AUGCCACGAACAAUGCGCCUUUACAACAAUCUUUUUGGAGGAUGCAACAUCUUUGAUGGUACUCCUGAUGUGUUCAAGAAGCAAUGGACCGACAGUAUUUGGCGCACGGAUACGAGAGCUUCGUGGCAAAUUGCCGGAGCUGGAGACAAAUUAGUAAUUGUCGACUUCAAUGCUUCUUGGUGUGGUCCUUGCAAAGUCAUUGCUCCCCAUUUUGAACGUUUAGCUCACGAAUAUUCCGACACUGCACUUUUUCUGAAGGUCGAUGUCGAUGAAUGCGAAGAAGUUGCUUUAAGUCAAGGCGUCUCAGCGUUGCCCACUUUUGUCUUUUUCAAGAACCAGCAAGUUAUUGAUCGCGUUCAAGGUAGUCAGCCCAUUUUACUCGAAGGCAAGAUCAGGAGUCACGUAAGUGUCCAAAAUGUAGAAGCCUCAAAUCCUGAGUCAAAUCGCGAAGAGAGUUCAAGUUCGAAAUUUUCAUCCAAUACGAGAAAAUUUUUCAGACAUGAUACCGUAACUCGUGGAGUAUGUUUAAACACUUGUCAACAAAAAUUCAACAAUAGUUCUGAAUUUUCGAUGAAAAAAUUUGAAGUAGAUAAAGAGCUCUAUUACCCUGGAAUCGAAAUGGAUAAAAACACUAAGCAUCACAGAGAUCUUUACAAAAAUACCGUUAACCAAUGUGUUAACAAGGAACUGUCAAACGAGUAUGGCUUAGAAUCCUUCUCAGAGAUAGAAUUUUGUUCCACAGAAGAAACCGAAAAAUUCACCAUUGAUUUUCUCGAUUUGUUUGCCAUCGUCGUUGUAUCACUCCUUGUCGUAAUGUUGGUAAUUGGCACCUGGUAUGACGUUCAAUUGCAAAGUCAAAACCCAGAAAACCAGGAUCAUUAUUACAAAUAUCCAUUCAACGCAUCUCGCGUUUUAUUGGCUUUCUCAAUCCCUCGUAACUGGAAGCAACUGGUCAACCAACCGGAAUCAAAUAACAACAAUAACCGUCCACCCGUUGAUGAUUUUACCUUCUUUGAGUCUUUCAAAGUUAUUGUCAUGUUGGGAAAUACUGUCGUUCAUCUCUAUGCAGUUUUAAGUCUCCUUCCUUCGGUUAAUCACGAAGUCAUGGAAAUCAAUUCGCGUUCCUUGCUUUAUAGAAUAUUCUCGGGCGCUUCAUUUACAAAUCAAAUCUAUUUGGCAAUUGCUGGGUUUUUGUUGACUUUAGCUCCGGCGAAACAAAUUAAACAAGGAAAAGUUUUGACAAUGGAUGAUUUUUGGGAUGCCCUGAAGAAAAGAUAUUUGAGACUGACACCUUUGCAUGCAUUUGCGAUUCUUUUGGAAGCUACCUUGGUUAGUAAAAUGUAUUAUGGACCAGGAUGGACUCAGUUAGCGGGACAAGAAAGAGCUUAUUGCAGAACUAAUUGGUGGACUAAUUUGUUGUAUAUCAAUAAUUUUGUUGGAGCAGGAGAGCCUUGUAUUUUACCAACUUGGUACUUGGCAACUGAUAUGCAACUAUUUAUCUUCAGAUUUGUAUUUUUGGCGAUUAUUUCUCGAAUGCCAAGUCGUAAAACAAUUUUGUUCUUUGUAGCGUCGAUUGUUUCAAUGAUCAUUCCUGGAUAUAUUAUCUGGGUCCAUAACCUCGAUGGAGUCUAUGUUGGAAAUGUUGAGGCAGCUCGUUACUUCUACAGACACGAAACCUCAUACAAACACUUCCAUAUUCCAUUCUACGCCAGUAUGGGCAGCUACGUCUUUGGCAUCUUAACAGCUUUCAUAUAUCGCGAAAUCAAAGACCAAAAUAUCGACAUCAAACAAUACAAAUUAUUCACAUUUUUAUGGAAAGCCACAGUUCCCUUAAUUCUUUUCGGAUCAUUUGGAGCUCCUUAUCUCUUCUCAACGUUCAAUUUUGAGAAACCCGCUUUGUGGAUCAGUGCUUAUGGAGCCUUCCAUCGAAGUAUGUGGGGCUUAUUGCUCGGUGUGAUAAUUUUAGGUUAUACAACUGGAGGCUUGGGAGGACAAUGGAAGGCGUUCUUUAAUGCAAGUUUGUUCAGACCUCUUGGAAAAAUUAAUUUUGGAUUUUAUUUGACACACAUGACAAUGAUGAAAUUCAUUUUGGGCGACCAGAUAUCUCCUCAGUAUUUGAGCAAAGGAAAAUUUGUUUGGUUGACACUGAGCAUAACAUUCUUGUCUUACAUUUCUGGAGCAAUAGCUCAUCUUUUAGUGGAAUUACCAGCAGCAAAUUUACAAAAAGAAUGGCAAUCGAGACCAAACAAAGUAGAAAAUAAGAAAACAAACUAG